AUGCAAGGAAAUCAGCUUUAUCACAAAGUCUCAAUUUAUCUCAACUCUCUAGCUUCUAUGGAAGACUCUGAUUUCACCAAUCUCUUCACCGGAAAAAAAUCCAACGAUAUCAUCCUUCAUCUCGAUCCCAACCAGCUAAUCGAUGAUUAUUUCCUUGGGGCUAGAGUUUCUUGGAUUAACGAGGGAAAAAGCGAUACCAGUUGUUGCAGAACCUUCGUUUUGAAGAUCAGAAAAGCCGAUAAACGCAGAAUUCUGCGUCCUUAUCUGCAGCACAUCCACAUAACAUCAGACGAGGUCGAACAAAAGAAGAAAGGUUUGAAGCUCUACAUAAAUAUUGACAGUCAUGAGCAAAACAGACGGUGGAGAUCUGUUCCGUUCAAUCAUCCUUCAACGUUUGAUACAAUUGCGAUGGAAUCUGAUCUUAAGAAUAAGUUGAAAUCAGAUCUUGACUCAUUCCUCAAAGCCAAACAGUACUACCACCGGCUGGGGCGUGCCUGGAAGCGAAGCUACUUAUUGUACGGCCCAUCAGGUACUGGAAAAUCUAGCUUUGUAGCUGCAAUGGCUAAUUUUAUAGGCUACGAUGUGUAUGAUAUUGAUCUUUCAAGAGUUUUAGAUGAUUUGGAUCUAAAAACGCUAUUGUUACAGACGACAAUCAAGUCAGUGAUUUUGAUUGAAGACCUUGAUCUGUUUUUGAUGGAUAAAUCAACGGGCGUUAGCUCAUCAGGUGUUUUGAACUUCAUGGAUGGGAUAUUAAAUGCUUGCUGUGCUGAGGAAAGAAUUAUGGUUUUUACAAUGAAUAAUAAAGAUCAUGUUGACCCGGCUAUUCUCAGACCGGGUCGGAUCGAUGUUCAUAUUCAUUUCCCUUUGUGUGAUUUUACUGCAUUCAAAACACUGGCUAAUAGUUACCUGGGUGUCAAGGAUCAUAAAUUGUUUCCUCAAGUAGAGGAAGUUUUUCUCACUGGGGCAAGUUUGAGCCCAGCUGAGAUUGGGGAGCUUAUGAUUGCAAACAGGAAUUCGCCUAGUCGGGCCUUGAAAUCGGUCAUUACUGCUUUGCAAACGGACGGUGAUGGGAGGGGGUCUUUGAACAUUAGAAGACAGUGGACUGAUAAUGCUUCAAGGAAGUCAGCUGAGGAUUCAGGGGAACACUCGGGGAUUUUUUCCAAGGAGGGUGUCAAUGCCAUGAAGGAUUUUAGAAAACUGUAUGGCUUGUUGAGAUUGAAAAAUAAUAAAAAAUCAGAAUCGUUUGAUAUGACGCCAGACCGUAAGGACGGGCAAUCAUGUGGUUCGUGA